AUGGCUACAGGGGGGCAGAGGCAACAGGAGCGACGCAGGCAGAGGGCUCGGCAGCAAGAGCUGCUCCAGCCAGAGAUCCUGGGCAAGCACCCCCUGCAGAACAGGUGGGCACUGUGGUUUUUCAAGAAUGACAAGAGCAAGAUGUGGCAGGCAAACCUGCGCCUCAUCACCAAAUUCAGCACUGUGGAGGACUUCUGGGCGCUGUACAGUCACAUCCAGCUCGCCAGCAAGCUCGCAGCUGGCUGUGACUACUCCCUCUUCAAGGAUGGCAUUGAGCCCAUGUGGGAGGACAGCCAGAACAAGCGUGGUGGGCGCUGGCUCAUCACCCUGGCCAAGCAGCAGCGGCACACUGAGCUGGACCGGUUCUGGCUGGACACAAUGCUGUGCCUCAUUGGGGAGAUGUUUGAUGAGUACAGCGAUGAGGUGUGCGGGGCUGUCAUCAACAUCCGCACCAAGGGGGACAAGAUUGCCAUCUGGACCCGGGAGGCAGAGAACCAGGAAGGGGUCACCCACAUUGGGCGUGUCUACAAGGAGCACCUGGGCCUGUCACAGAAGGUGGCCAUUGGCUACCAGGCUCAUGCGGAUACAGCCACCAAGAGCAGCUCCCUUGCCAAGACCAAGUUUGUGGUGUGA